CUGCUAGUAUUCCCAUGGCUGGUCUCGGCGGCGCCGCUCUCCAGCUGCACGCGGCCGUGGCCGUGCUUCGCACGGCGGCGGCCGCCGGCAAGCUGUCCGCAGGCAAGGCAGUCCACGCGCAUAUGCUGAGAGCGUCCCAUUUCCACGUCGUCCUGCACAACCAUCUCAUCGCCUUCUACGCCAAGUGCGGCUGCCUCGGCCUUGCCCGCCGAGUGUUCGACGCAAUGCCCUCCCGCAACCCGGUCUCCGGGAGCCUCCUCAUGUCCGGCUACGCCUCCUCCGGUCGCCACGGGGACGCGCUCGCGCUGCUCAGGGCGGCCGACUUCGACCUUAACGAGUACGUUCUGUCCACCGCCCUGUCGGCCACGGCCCAGGUCCGGAGCUACGACAUGGGGAGGCAGUGCCAUGGGCAUGCCGUCAAGUCUGGGCUGGCGGAGCACCACUAUGUCUGCAACGCGUUGCUGCACAUGUACUGCCAGUGCGCUCAUGUGGAGGAUGCAGUCAAGGUGUUUGAGAGUGUGUCUGGUUUCGACGCGUUCGCGUUCAACUCGAUGAUCAAUGGGUUUCUUGACAAGGGCAAGUUUGAUGGUUCGGUCAGGGUUGUGAGAAGCAUGGUCGGAGAAGUUGAGCAAUGGGACCAUGUGUCGUAUGUCGCAGUUCUUGGGCAUUGUGCUAGCACCAAAGAGCUGCUGCUUGGCCGUCAAGUGCAUGCCCAGGCGUUGAAGAAGAGGCUCGAGCUGAAUGUGUAUGUGGGCAGCGCUCUGGUUGAUAUGUACGGGAAGUGUGAGUGCGCCUGUGAUGCUCAUUCCGCAUUUGAGGUUUUGCCAGAAAAGAAUGUUGUUUCUUGGACAGCUGUUAUGACUGCCUAUACCCAGAAUGAGCUGUUUGAAGAGGCAUUGCAGUUGUUCUUAGAUUUGGAAAUGGAAGGAAUUCGGCCAAAUGAGUUCACUUAUGCCGUGGCUCUCAACAGUUGUGCUGGUCUUGCAGCCGUGAAAAAUGGCAAUGCACUUAGUGCCUCUGCUGUGAAAACUGGCCAUUGGGGUGCUCUGUCUGUCUGUAAUGCCCUCAUUAAUAUGUAUGCAAAAAGUGGCAGCAUUAGUGAUGCAUGGAGAGUCUUCCUUUCUAUGCCAUGUCGCGACGUGGUCUCGUGGAAUUCGAUCAUAAUAGGCUAUGCUCAUCAUGGCCUUGCAAGAGAAGCCAUGCGUGUAUUUCAUGAUAUGUUGUCUGCUGAAGAAGCCCCAUCCUAUGUGACCUUUGUUGGGGUGCUGUCAGCUUGUGCACAGUUGGGUCUUGUCGAUGAAGGAUUGUACUACUUGAACAUUAUGAUGAAGGAAAUGGGUAUAAAACCUGGAAGAGAACAUUACACUUGCAUGGUUGGUUUGCUCUGCAGAGCUGGACGGCUAGAUGAGGCGGAACAGUUCAUAUUGAGCAACUGUAUUGGCACUGACGUUGUUGCGUGGAAAUCGCUUUUAGGUUCUUGCCAGGUAUAUAAAAACUAUGGCCUGGGUCAUCGAGUAGCUGAGCAGAUCCUUGAGUUGAAACCCAAUGAUGUAGGAACCUAUGUUUUGCUUUCUAACAUGUAUGCAAAAGCAAACCGAUGGGAUGGUGUCGUGAAGGUCCGGAAGCUGAUGAGAGAGAGGGGUGUUAGGAAAGAGCCUGGUGUUAGUUGGAUCCAAGUAGGAAGUGAGGUCCAGGUUUUCACAUCAGACGACAAGAAUCACCCAUGGAUAAACCAGAUCACCAUAAAGCUCAAAGAGUUGAUAGACCAGAUCAAAGUGAUCGGAUAUGCUCCGAAUUUUGCAGUUGUCCUACAUGAUGUUGAGGAUGAACAAAAGGAAGAGCAUCUUAUGUAUCACAGCGAGAAAAUGGCUCUUGCGUUUGGCCUUAUUCACAGCCCCGAAGGAGCAACUAUCCGCAUAAUGAAAAACCUCAGGAUAUGCGAUGAUUGCCAUGUUGCUAUCAAACUCAUCUCUCUUGUGACGAGAAGAAGAAUAGUUGUGAGGGAUACUGUUCGGUUUCAUUGUAUAGAGGAUGGAGUAUGCUCAUGUGAUGACUAUUGGUGAUCCACACCUUGGUUGUCAGAAGUUCCAGAACAUAUGUGUUGUUAUGGACAUCAACAUGGUGAGUUCUGUUUCCUGCUGGCAGAAGUUGUCGCCUAGGUUCAAGUAAAAAAACAUCACAAGAAUAUGUGCUCAAGCGUACACAGUAGUGCACAGAGUUCUUGGUGCUGCCCGUCGCCCUGCUCCCAUCUUGCAGCAGAUCCCCUUGCUGCUGGUGCCACUCAAGCCUACGUUCCCGCGGUCGAUCAUCCCAGGUCUCCCCCAUAUAUCCAGUGGGAAUAAUUUUUAUACAUCACAUUUACAGUGACGUAUAGGAGUACCUGGAAUGAACACAACAGGUCGACUUUCCCCAUUCUCGGGAACUUUGGUUUGACCAAACCACACAUUGCCAUGUCAGCGUACAAAUAUGUUGCCAAGGAAAUCAAGCCAUUCUCUCUCUGAAGCAGAUCAAAAACCUGAAAUUUGUCAGCUCAACUGAACGAGCCACAAAUACAAAAUGAUAUCGAAUCUGAUGUAUCUCGUCAGAAACGACUAAUGCCUCCGGGUCUCCCUAUUUAUCUUCAAUGCAGGAUCAAAUGCUUUAGACGCCCCUGUUACUAUGGCUUAUGUUUCCCUCGCAGCAUGUUAUGAUCCCGUUGUAUUCUGUCCAUUCUUUGUGCGACAACGGAGUAUCAUCACUGAGACCUGUAGCCCUUGCCUGUUAGUUAGGCAUGAUAUCGUUGCUGGGUGCUCUUUUUACUAAAAAAAAUCGGUUAAAUCCUUUGGCCAAGCGGGUUG